AUGUGGAGGGCAGCAGACAUGACGGCGGUGGGAGAACUGGUGCUGGUGUUGGGCUUACUGGUGAGCGCUCACUGUGAGGUGAGAGCACGAGACCCUGAGGUGGAGGAGGAUGAAGAGGAGCUGGGAAGAAGAAGAGGAGGAGGAGGAGGAGGAGCAUUGGGGGGGUUCGGGAGGGCACUGUUGCCCCCUCAUCUCCAGAGGCUUCACCCCAGAGCGACUGAGACCCCGCCGCUGGGGGAGGGAGGGAACCACCCGGCCAGAAAUGGGAACUGGUGUGCUUUCGUGCAGAGGCGUAUGGUUACCAUGGCGGUGGUGUGUGGAACAGAGCAGUACACCAUCAAGUCUCAGAGUCGAUGUCCGAGCGGGACGCCAGACUGUCAUCUGGUCAUGUACAAGCAGUCCACUCGGCCGGUCUACAGACAGAAGCAGGAGAUCGUCACCGCUCUGCUGUGGCGCUGCUGUCCCGGACACGGAGGAGACAACUGUGAGGACACAGUUUCGGAUGCACAGCUGGAUUCUGCAAGUCUGACUGCGAUCGAAGGAUCUGAACCAGUGAGAACAGAGCUCCACGCGUCAGGUUUGCGGCUCCACCAGCAGCUCCACCAUCAGCGCAGCGACCCGAACCGAGAGCAGAAUGACCAUCAGGGGCCGUACGACGCCGGCUACCAGGACAACCAGCAGAACGCCACGCACCCAACACCGGACCCAGAACACGGUCACACCCCUCAUCACACAUCACACAACGCCAAGAACACACAUGACCACCGACCACAGCCCCAACACCCCCACCACACCCACCACGGGCAGGGACGCCACCUUCCUGUCGUAGAUGUGGUGGAGGAUGCCCUCCCGUACCCAGAAGCCCCUGCUGCCCUUCCGGUCCCCCACAUGAUGGCCUUGGUCAUGUCCCAGCUGCAGCCGGUCCUGGAGGGCUUCAACCGCUCCCUGGAGCACCUGAGCCAGCAGGUGGGAGACCUGGCCCGUGACGUAGCCCAGCUGAAGAGCAGCCAGCUGCAGGCGGAGCUGCAGGCGGAGCUGCAGGCGGAGCUGCAGGCGGGGCCCCCGGACCCCUCCGAGCUCGACAAAGCUGCAGAGGAGCCUCUCAAUGACAAACUGGAUGAGGCGUUUCAGCACAUCGGGGAGAUCCGGAGACAGAUCGAGAGCCAGCGGAUGGACAUGGAGAGCAGGCUGCACUCCCAGCAUGCAAUGCUGCACUACAACCUCACCAGCUUUAAGACGGACAUCGACAUGAAGCUGAAACGCCACCAGAAGAUGCUGCAGGUCAGCCUGCAGGCCAUGAACGCCACACUGACGGAGCUGAAGCUGGACCAGGAUCAGACCGCUGAGGAUCAGAUGGACGAUCAGCCCCCUCCCUCCCUGCCUCCCCCUCACCUGCUGCCGCAGCACACGGACACCUCGGUGCUCUGGGAGGCCAUCGAGCGGCUGGACAACAUGGUGGUCAACAACACGGUGAAGGUGGACGGCCUGAUGAUGGAGGACGUGGACGUGACCUUGGGGGACGUGCAGCAGCAGCUCAGGCGGGACGUCAAGGAUCUGGAGAAGGAAAUCAACCGGACGGCCCGGACCACUCAGAUCCAGUACAUGGAGACGGGGCUGGAGGUAGAGGCCGCGAGGGAGGUGGUGCUGAGGCAGGUGGGCGAGCUGACGGGGAACCUCAGCCAGCAUGGCGUGCGGCUGCAUCACUUGGACUCGGACGUGGACUACCUGUUCGACGCCAUCUACCAGCAGCACAACUCGUCCGUAGACUGCGACUGUAAAGGGCUGAAGGCUGCAGUGGCUCGACUGGAAAGGGGCGUGGCCAACGUGACAGAACUGGCCAAUGAGAACAGAUUAGCCCUGGAUGAGGAGAGCGAGGGAGGGGCGGGGCAGUGGGGUGCGUCCGGCGAAUGGGAGCCGGCGGUGGAGGCGCUCCAGCGUGACCUCCAACAGGUGCGGGAGUCUCAGACCUCUAUGAACAGUAAGAUCAGGACUCUGGAGCAGAGCCUGAGCCAGCUGAGCAGCUCGGUGACGGUCGGUCUGGCCGAGGUCUCCGUGAAGGACGCGGACACGAAGCUGUUGGGGGACAUGCAGCGCCUGUCCGCCUACUUUAACUCUCUGCUGAAAGACGCCAUCAGGCACAGUGCCGUGCUGGACCUGCUGCUGGGGGAGGAGGUGCUGGAGUUCCUGGAGUGGCCCGUCGAGGACCAGGAGCAGCACUCUAUCCCGGCCCUGAAGGAGGAGCUGAGGCUCCUGCAGGAGCAGCUGAGAGGACAUGACAAGACAAUCACAUCCCUGCUGGGCGACAAACCAGAAGACAAAGAGGAGGUGCCAUCUGCUGAUCAGCCCUCCCACCUCCUCCCUGAAGACUGGCUCCCUGGCAGCAUGAGGAGGAGCAGCGGUGGAGUUCCAGCAAGGGAACGGCAGCUCCUCCUUCACCCCGGGGGGAGGCAUCCGGGGCACGGAGGAGACGGCAGCGACCUGUGGAACCUGGAGAAGACGGUGGAGGAGGAGCUGGAGCUGAAGGUGCGCCAGCUGGAGGAGAAAUCCCGUAACGCUUCUGCUGAGAGGGAGGCGCCGCCCAGAGGCGUGGAGACGAAACUGCAGGCAGAGGUGAUGUGGCUGAAGAGAGGGCUGGAGGAACAUCUGAGGGUGUUCAAGAACGUCUUCAGUAACGCUGACGUGCUGGCCGGGUCCGACGCCACGCUGGAGCUCGAUAAACUGUGGCAGCUGGUGAAGAACAAAGACGGGAAGAAAGAGAAGAAGAGAGGAGGAGGAGGAGGAGGAGCGGGAAGAGGAGAAAACCAUCGGAGCAGGAGGGAUUCAUCGGUGCUGUCCAGCCUAUCAGGAGGCUCCCUGCUGCUCACGGCCGGAUCUCCUCUGGCGACUCCCAACGGCGUCAUCGCGUUUGAAGCGUCACUGAACCAGGGUCAGUUUUACUCUGACGCCGGCACCUUCACAGCUCCAGUGAACGGGAUCUACCUGUUCGUCCUCACCAUGGACCUGAGGCCGGGCCCCGCCCGCAUGGUCCUGACGAGGGGGUCGGGAGGAGCUCCGGUGUCUCUACACCACCGGGAGGAGGCGGAGACGGGGCCAGUCACCGGCGUGGGCCUCCUGCCGCUGAGGGAGAGGGAGGAGGUGAGGUUAGAACUGAGAGGAGGAGCGUGGACGGAGUCAGAGGACAAUGUGUUCACCGUGCUGCUGCUCCAUCAGACCACCUGAGGGCGCUGUGGACCAAUCAGCUGGCAGACAGACGCUGAUCAGAGACUCAAACAAGUCAACGAGAAUUUAACGUUUGCUGAAUUCAAGAUGGUGGAGGUUUUAUUCCAAAGCACCUUAGAGAUUCAUAAAGGGACAAACCGUGCCGAUAAACCUGCGGACUGCAGGCUCAGAUCUAAAAAACCAAAUCUCCAACAUGUCAAACUAGAAGACAUCUGCGUGAAAUUCAACUAAACAAAGAUAAAACUGAGUGUCUUCAGUUUUCAUGUUUGCCUCUUCUAACUCGCUCUAACAGAAGUGUGUGUUUCCGUCUUCACGUGUGUUUAAGGACACAGCUGGAGUCCUCCUGAGCCGGUUCAGCAUGAAGACUGGAGGCAGGGGGACACUUAAACCUGCUCCGCUGAAGCUCCCCGAGUACAUUAUUAGAGCAGAAAUGUAAAAACCAGCUUAUUGUACAAUAAACUGUUUGACCACAUAAAUAACCUUAAAAGCACAAAUUGUAGUUUUUGUGUUCCUGUUUGCCGAAAAAGACAUUUAUAAUGACGACAAGACUGAGAGUGACGAUUAAGUGACUUUUAUGACCUUAAAGAGAUUCUGACCGACUAAAACAAGACUCCGGACAACUCAAAAAUGACUCAAAAUGACCACAAACAGAUUCAAAACGACGACAGACAGAGACGCAGAACAACACCCAGAACAAAGAGAUGGAGAGACUGAAAAUGAGUACAAAACUUAUAAAGCAAGACUCAAAACACCCAAAACAACUGCAGAGACUCAAAGUGACUAAAAAAAAGAUUCAGCACAGUAAAACAGGACCUACAGCAAAACUCAAAACAACCAAAAAAAUCUAAAAACAAUACCUACAAAGAGAUUCAAAACUACUAAAAUGAAGCUCAAAAUUACUAAAACAAGACAAAAAAAUGACUACAGAGAUGCAGAACAACACCCAGAACCACUACAAAGAGACGAAGACUCAAAAUGACGACAAAACAUUUAAAAAAAAGACUCAAAAAAAACUGCAAAGACAAUCGACAAGACUGAAAUUAGACUAAAAGCAACGUAAAAUGACAAAUAAUUCCAGCACACAACUCCCCCUAAAACGCCCAUCUGUUUCUUUUUGUGUUUACAUGAAAUAAAAGAGAUAAAAUAUGAUAAUCAGUAAUUAUUUUUUUUAACUCUGAGUAUAGCGACGCUCGCCUUUUCCCCUGUUUGCGGUCUUUAUGCUGUCGGAGCCGAACCGCCUUCUUAUUUCAUCUUCAGAAAUCCAAAACAAAGACGUCCGUUUACUGACAGAGCGGUUACAGCGAGGACAUAAUGAGACAGAAGUGUCUGACAUGUUCGCCGAUGUGCUGUUGACCUCUAAGUGUCUCUUUAACCUGAAGUCCGCCUGAAUAACCUUCAGCUUCCUCAUCUUCGUCCUCAGAGACAAACGCGAGCACAGAUCAGCUGCUGCGACAGCUUCUGUGUGAGGAGGAAAGUUUCACACGUCUGUAAAAGUCGUCACGUCGUCUGUGUCUUUCAAUGUUUGACUUUACAUAAAGAAAAUAUUUGUAUGUGUAAUGUUUGUAAAGUACCGGCAUAAAGAGGUAAAAACACACAGAGCAGUUUAUGUAUUUAUAUAAAGGGACAGCUGAGCCGUUUGCUGGUGUUCAAAAAAAAAGUCAUGAAUGUGUUUAAAAAAAAAGUCAGAUUGUAAAACAUUUAUCGAAACUGUAACUUAAUAAAAAUGGUUUUAUCUACACAA